AUGGAUCCAACAGUCUCAGGCUGGGGCACUAUACCCACACCAGUGAACGGAAAUGACCAGGUCCUUCUUUCAACUGUCAGUACUGACACACCGGUCCUGAAAUUUCUGGACUUCAUCAUUGCCCUAUUUGGUCUCUCAGGAAACGCUGUGGUGUUGUGGCUUCUAGGAUUCUGCAUGAAGAGGACUGCCAUCUCAGUAUAUAUCCUCAACCUGGCGGGGGCUGAAUUUAUCUCUCUCUUCCUAGAGAUUACAGAAUCCCUGAAGGAAAUCAUUGAAUACUUCUACUCCAUCACAAUUUCCUUCUCUAAGUUUUUCUUCAUUUUAUCAACCUCUGCCUACAUUGCAGACAUAACCUUGUUCUUGGCCAUUACCACUGAGUGUUGUCUCUCUGGUAUGUGCCCCAUAUGGUAUCAAUAUCAUCGCCCAAGACACACAUCAAGCGUCAUGUGUUCUAUGAUCUGGAUCCUGUCCCUUCUGUUCAGUAUCUUGCAUUGGAGCUACUGUCAGUUCACUGAGGGAGGUUAUUUCAAUGCUUGGUGUCUGGUGUUUUAUUUCAUCGCUGCUGCAUUGAUAAUUUUCUUACUUGCACUUUUCUCUUGCCUUAGUCUGACACGCCUGGUCAAAUCCCUGUGUGGCUCCCGGCGAAUUCAGCUGACUGGACUGAAUUUGACCACUGGACUCACUGUUCUUGUCUUCCUCCUCUGUGACCUACCCUUAGGUAUCUCCUCGUACUUUCUAAUGCGGAAUCAGGAGAUUUCUGAUGUGUACCACAAACCACUUUAUCUGGUGACAACUGUACUCUCCUAUGUGACCAAGUGUGCCAAACCCAUCAUUUACUUCUUGGUUGGCUUCUUUAAGCAGUGGCAGAGACAGCACCAGCGCUGGUGGCAGCUGACUCUCAAGGUGAUACUCCAGAGAGCUCUGGAAGACUACUCCGAAGUGGGUGAAAGUGGAGGCAGUCCUCCUCAAGAGACUCUGGAGAUGUCGGGGAUCAGUCAGAGGUCCUGA